AUGCCCAGCUACUCUGAUCUCACCGAAGAACACCGUAUCCUCUCUGAUGCGCUGAAAGAAAAAGCUGACUUCCUGGAGAUGUGCCCUGAGAACCAGGACCAACUCCACAAAGAUAUGAAAAGCUUGCUCAUGAGCCUUGAACAUGUUGAGUGUCUGUUGCAGGAGCACGAAGAAGAAGCCAGUGCAUCCUCUUCUAACUCAGAUUACUCCCGCUCCGUAUCUCCGACUGAAUCUACUACCGAUGAUGCCGAAGGUAUGAACUCCCACCUUCAGGAAAAAUUGGGGGGUAAUGGAUUUGAUAGUAUAUUGCCGGUCCAUUGUUAUCUGAGGGUGAAAGCGAUUGAGGAGACUCCUUUGGUCUGUUUCAAUGAUAUUGACCAUUCAUCGGACUUUCGAUUCCUUGUAAACUAG